AAAUGACACAUUUCUAAAUUUAAAAAUAAUUAACUUUAAAAUCUUCAUUUUACCCUUAAUGAGAAGCUUUUAUAACCAUAAAAAUAUCAUGGCCUCACAAACCUUUUACCUUUUAAGCAUUUAAGACCAUAAGUUUUAAAAGUCUUUUUUUUUUCAUAUACUCUGUGCAGAGUCAAACUACCUCAUCUAAAUUGAAACAAAGGGAGUACUUCAUCUAGAGAUGUUCACGGGAAACCAAAAAGUCGAUCCAAAUAAAAAACUGAAUCAAUAAAAAAAAUUGGUUUGAUUUGGUUUUAUUGUAAAUUUUAAAAAGCAAAUAAUAUUUUGUUAUAGUUUUUGAUUUUAAGUAAAAAAUAAUCAAAAAAAUCAAACCAAACUAAUUAUAUAAAUACCUGGUUAAGAACUCUUCAAAUCCUAUUCAGUCUGAUUAGAUAUGUCACUGAAACAAAGUGAUUCCGUUCUGUCUCUGUUUUCUUUUCGGAUUCCGAGGAUGAGCCGGUCGAUCCUAACAUCAUUUAUGAGGAGCCGGACGAUGAAGCCUCCUCCUCAGAUAAAGAUGUCUCCGACGCUACUCUCCCGGCAAGAACAACUUUUUCUAUUGUGAUUUUUUUGGCGAGUUCGGUCAGGAGGGACAAAAGAGAGAUGCUUUCUAUCAGUCAAAAGUAGAUAUCGCCCCCCAUGCUCCCACGGUCCGCUUACCGAGGAAUAGAAAGGAAGGACUCGGGGCCAGAGCAAGUUGGGUUGGGGUAUAGAGCCGUAAGCGCGGUGGGGGGUAACAGAGGACGUGCUCGUACGGUUCAUAGAAGGAAUAUAUAUAUAUAUAUAUAUAUAUCACAUUAGAAACCUUUGACAACUGAAGCCCAUCUCCCCCUUUUAUUGAAAGUCCCAUUGUAGAAUCCCCACCUGCAUUCUUUAGCUAAUCCCCAAAUUCUUUAUAUAGUCAGUACUAAAUAUUCUUUAUUCCUCAGAUAUGUUGUUAAUUUCCUUAGGGUUUCUAUUUUAAGUACCUCUGUUCCUUCCUAUUUUCAUCUCACAUUAUUUUAGUCCAUAACUUGUUGAUUAUAGUCUAUUUUAUUCUUAAAAUUAUAUCAACAGAGCAGGGGCGAAGCUACAGUGUAGCAAGGUCAACUGACCACCCUUCGUCGAAAAAUUAUACUGUAUAUACAGGUAAAGAAUUUGAAUUUACACAUAUGUAAUACAUAUUGAACACCCUUGUAACAAAGAAAAGGCGUAGCCCAGUGGCAAAGGGUGGUCAAGAAAGCCUCACGAUCGCAGGUUCGAUCUCACCCAACACAAUUUGUGUUGCGUUUUAAUUUUUUUUUAAGACUAAACGACGCCACUGAAGUUUGGGGUUUGGAACUUUGAAGUUCUGGUUGCUCUCUCUCUCUCUCGGCGCUAUUCAGUAUUCACAACAGCUCCAUUACUCUAUUUUUGUGGGGGAGCAUUUGCGUUGUAUUCCUUAAUGUGUCGAUAUGCAAAAGUGAGUCUUAUCCCAAACCAGGAGCCAGAGGACAGAGAACUUUCCCAUUACAAUCUGGACAUACCAUCCAAUCAAUUUAGACGGGCUCAGAAGAUCAGACAUAAGUUGGAGAAGAGUAAAUUUGCAAAAUUUUUGCUCGUCUUCGCCGCCAUCCUCGGCACUUCUAUGGUUAUUGGAGAUGGAGUUCUCACUCCUUGCAUCUCAGUUCUCUCAGCCGUAAGUGGAAUAAAGCCUUUAGGGGAAGAUGCGGUUGUGGGUAUUUCCAUUGCAAUUCUGGUAGCUCUCUUCUGUGUUCAACGUUUUGGUACAGACAAAGUGGGAUAUUCAUUUGCUCCAGCCAUUUGCGUUUGGUUUCUAUUCAUAAGUGGUAUCGGUCUAUACAACUUGUUCAAGUAUGAUGUGAGCGUCUUACGUUCCUUUAAUCCCAAAUACAUUGUUGACUACUUCAAAAGAAAUGGUAGAAAAGGAUGGAUCUCUCUUGGUGGUGUUUUUCUCUGUAUUACAGGAUCCGAAGCUAUGUUUGCUGAUUUGGGUCACUUCAGUGUGCGGUCUGUUCAAAUAAGCUUCAGUUGCCUCGUAUUUCCAGCUUUGCUCUCUGCUUAUAGUGGACAAGCUGCUUACCUCUCAAAAUUCCCUGAAAAUGUUGAGAAUACUUUUUAUGACUCCGUUCCAGAUCCACUAUACUGGCCAACGUUUGUCGUAGCUGUUGCUGCGGCCAUUAUUGCAAGUCAAGCAAUGAUAUCUGGAGCCUUUUCUAUUGUUGCUCAGGCCCAAAGUCUAGGUUGUUUCCCGAGGGUGAAGGUAAUGCACACAUCUGCCAAAUAUGAGGGUCAGGUUUAUAUCCCUGAACUCAAUUACUUCCUCAUGGUUGCUUGUGUUCUAGUUACUCUCAGCUUCAAAACCACAGAAAAAUUGGGACAUGCUUAUGGUAUAGCUGUGGUUAUUGCUGAGAUCAUAACUACACAUAUGGUGACAUUAAUAAUGCUUGUCAUAUGGAAAAUCAGCAUUUGGUGGAUUACACUAUUCUACGUGGUGUACCUUUCCAUUGAAUCUACAUACCUAUCCGCUCAGCUGACAAAAUUCGUGCAAGGUGGUUAUCUGCCCUUGGCCUUUUCAGUCGUGCUCGUGCUCAUGAUGGGAACUUGGCACUAUGUUCAAAAACUUCGAUACCAAUUCGAGCUCAAUAACAAGGUGUCCAGCGACUACGUUAGGGACUUGGCCAAGAGUCCAGACAUCAAAAGAGUACCUGGGAUAGGAUUACUCUACUCUGAACUAGUACAGGGGAUUCCCCCUAUAUUUCCUCACUUCGUCUCCAAUAUUCCUUCCGUCCACUCUAUCAUAGUUCUGGUGUCAAUAAAAUCCAUCCCUAUCAGUAAAGUAGCAGUUCAGGAACGUUUUUUGUUUCGACAAGUUGAGCCUAGAGAAUACAAGGUGUUUCGAUGUGUUGUUAGGUUAGGGUACAAAGAUCAACUUGGGAAUACAGAGGACUUUGAAAACCAAUUGGUGGAAGAACUGAACAAAUUCAUCCAACAUGAACAUUAUAUUCGUGGAGCGCAUGAUCAUCAAGGUGCAGAUAGAGAAGUUGAACCAGUAAUAUCUGACCAAAUACAAUCGGAAAACUCAUCCAGGAUCCACAUGGAGGACGAUCUGCAGCAACAAGUAGAUUCAACUCAAAUACAAAUGGUGUCCCCGAUUUCGGAAGAAGAAGAGAUGCAGUUUGUGACAAAAGCUAAGGAGCAAGGGGUGUUCUAUCUCUUGGGAGAAGCAGAAGUGGUGGCUAAACAAGAUUCGUCAUUCGUGAAGAAAUUUUUUAUCAACAAUGCUUAUAAUUUCUUGCGCAAGAACUUCAGGCAAGGGGAGAAAGUUAUGGCAAUUCCUCAGAGUAGGCUGCUAAGGGUCGGCAUGACUUAUGAAUUAUAAUUGUGAAUCAUAGAGCGAAAUUAUACUAACAUGUGCUCGCGUAACGAACAAUAAUACUAUGAUUUCUGCUCUUUGUAUAUUUCUAUUUUUUUAUCCUUUAAUAAUGUAUGCAAGCUUUCAGCUUGAGUAAUUGUAAUUGUACUUUCAGACUUAAAAGAUGUUAGAUUAGUACGCCAAUCAGAUACUUUGUGAUUCAAGGCAGAUACUUUCUAUUGAAAAUUUCAUGCUUCAGAUUUUA